CUACAGCCUUACUGGACAAGGUUAUUCCGCAAAAUUGAAUUGAACAAACAUAUGGUGACAUACUGCAUGGUAGCAAUAAAAAUUUGUCACGGGGUUGUUCAAGAGUGUUUCUGUAAUUCAGAUGCUAUUUUUCGGGUUGUGGCUGGUAUUCUUCAUUUAGGCAAUAUUGAAUUUUCUGAGGGAAAGGAAACAGAUUCAUCAACACCUAAGGACGAAAAAUCCUAUUUUCAUCUGCGAACAGCAGCUGAACUUUUUAUGUGUGAUGAAAAGGCCCUCGAAGAUUCUUUAUGUAAGCGUAUAAUUGUCACUCGCUAUGAGAACAUAACAAAAUGUCUUGAUCCAGAUACUACAGCUCUCAGUAGAGAUGCCUUGGCAAAAAUUGUUUACUCACAGUUAUUUGAUUGUCUUGCAGGCUCAUGAACAAGAUAAAUAAUUCAAUAGGGCAAGAUCCUAAUUCGAAGGUUUUGAUCGGGAUGUUGGAUAUUUAUGGUUUUGAACUUUCACUUGCAAUUUAUAUAUAUGCUCUCUGCAGCUUCCUUAAAGAAAAACCAGUGGCUGCUCCUACUGCUUCUGUUGAACUCUUUUUCUGUUUCUAACUUGUGUUCUUUCCUGCUCUGAGUAGAUAGUAAAUGGGUUGCUGCAAAGAUAAGAUUGGGAUAUUGCAAUCAAGGUGCCCCUUGGAAUACUUCCAGCACAUACAUUGCCAUAUUUCCCAACAUGUAAUCUUCAACCAUAUUAUACACUAUUAGAUGCAGUAAGGUGUUGCAGAAAGUUGUGCCAACAUAGCAUAAUAGUUCGGUCUUCUAAAUAAUGACAAUGUUUCGAAUUUGAAAAUGGGCUGAAAUUGGGAGAAAACCAGUGAAUACUCAACUUCUGCAAAAUUCCAUUAAUCAUGACAUCACCACCCCUAACUUGCACCAUGUUUACACUUUACAUUCCACAUGCACUAAGGUUCUCCCUUGAUUCAUUCUUAGUUAAAGCUAUCUUAGCUUCUUGCAUACGCACUAAACUUUUACCUCCUAGUUAACAAAUUUCCUCUUACCCAUUUCAAGUGUUCUUUUUAGCUACAAUUAUUUGCUGAUAGUGUCAUGCCUCUUUUUCUCUUCCUUUUCAGGCUUCUAUCAUAUUACCCAGUUGUUUGACUAAACUGUGAUACCUUACACAUUGUGGUUUUGUUUUUUUCUCCAAUUAAUCUUCCUAUAUUUAGAAAGUGAAGAAAAAAGAUAUUGGUAAAGGAAUUCUCAAUAAUCC